AUGGAAAACAGAGUUGAUAUUAAUGAUGAAGAAGAAGUUCUUCACAUAGUCAUGUUCCCGUGGUUAGCCAUGGGUCACCUCAUCUCAUUCCUCCACCUCUCCACCACCUUAGCCACCAAGGGCCACCGCAUCUCCUUCAUCUCCACCGCCGGAAACCUCCGCCGCCUCCACCAAAUCCCUCCCCGCCUCUCCCCUCUCAUCACCUUCAUCCCCUUCCCCGCCAUCCCCAACUUACCACCCAACACCGAAUCCUCCAUGGACGCACCACACCACCAAGCUCAGCUCCUCAAAAUCCCCUUCGAUUUUCUCAAACAACCACUCUUAGAUUUUCUCGAGAAAAUUAGCCCGAACCCAGAUUGGAUUAUCUAUGAUUAUGCCUCUGAUUGGCUACCGGGACUUGCGGCGGAGAUGAGUGUUUCGUGUGCUUUUUUCAGCCUUUUUAAUGUUGCGACGAUGGUGUUUUUUGGGCCUCCGGCGAAGGUGUUGAGCGGGGAUUGUGUGAGGAGCAGUGCAGAGGAUUUUACGGUGGUGCCGAAGUGGGUGAAGAUGGAAUCAAAAAUCGUGUAUAGAGUUCAUGAGUUGACCAAGUAUAUGGAGGGCUCCGAGGGUAACCAGUCAGGUCAUGAGCGUGAAGAACUUUAG